AUAUUCCGACGAGAAGAAUUUUCCUCGGAAUUCCGUCGGAAUAUUCCGACGGAAUACCGAGGAAGAAAAAUUUUGUGUUUCCUCGGAAUUGCCUCGGAAAUGGCUCGGUAUAUUCCGAGGAAUUCAUUUUCCGUCGGAACGUCCGUCAGAAUACCGCUGUUUUCUUGUAGUGGAUAGAGAGGUAGGUGCAGGGGUGUACAUGAAAAUCCUCGUGUGAAAUAUUCUUUUACUAUCAUAUUAUUUUUUGUGUCUGAUGCUACAUAUAUCACCGUUACUUUUAUACAGAUUAACUGCAUUCUUAAUUACUCUUAGUUUAAAAUAUGUUAAGAGUAAACAUAGAAGUUCUCGAAUAUUUUUUUCUAAAAAAAGUAGUUCUUGAACAGAAGUAGAAAAACUAGCAUUAGGGUUCGUAUAUUCUUGUGUGGGGUCCGUCGAGCAGAUGGGAGUUGAGAUUGAGACCGCAGACCUUUUUGACCACCGGAUGGUCCAGGUCCGGACGUAUUCCGAUAUUGUGUGGUAGUUAGUGGCGGUGGUGGUGUCCAAUAUGCUGCCACGUCACGCAAUAGUUUAUUUUCUUUGUUUUGGGUUGAAAUUAGACGCACGAGGUUUAAUGAAUCACUUGGAUGACAGAGCAUGAUCUGCUGGUCUGGCUUUAGCUUUGUUAUUAUUAUUUUAAUUUUGCUUGAGUACCAAGAUUUUAUUAAACAUAUUUUGGUUAAUGUUGAUUUCUCUUUCUCCGCACUUUCGUUAUGAACUAUAUACACUCUUUUUGGUCAAUUUGAUUUUAAUUUUAGUCUAUGGGUGGUACAUAUUUAAUUUUCUUAAAAGUAAGUCAUCAUCACAUGUGCGCCCAGGUCUCUUACUUUUUUCUACAUCUCUACUUUGAAGAUAUAUGGAUAUAUGGACUUAGGUUACAAAAACGUGUUAUGCUAGCUUUAUGGAUCAUCUAGAUUCGAGAGUCUUAAAAUUGAAUGCUUGAAAGUUGAAAGCAACGCACAGAAAACUGGAACUUUAAACGAUCAUAUCUUUGGAAGUGAUAUUUGUAUACUUAUAAAGCUUUAUUACCGUUAGCUCAGUACGUAGUAACAACGUUUAUCAUCUGUUUGAUGUGCUUAAGUUUAGUACCAUUCCGAAUCAAUUUCAGUGCUGUAUAUAUAUUCCGACUACGUAGUCGCGGCAAAAUCGCCAGUCGAAGCCAGAAAUUCAAAUAACUGUAUGUUAAGUUAAGAUAUAUAUUCAUUUUCUAAGCAUAAGAAAAAUAAGAACCGAUAAGAUCCAUUCAUUUGUUCUAACAAGUUAAAACAAAGUAAAUGUAGUAGAUCAAUAAUCAUAAUGAUGUAAGAUUAGAAUCUAUCUAAUUCUACAACACAUGGUUAACUUCAAGAUAUAGGUUGAAUGAAUGGUGAAAUAAAGAAAAGAUGAGGAUAAAAACUGUUGCAGAUUCCACAGACUGUAAUCUACUAAAAAUUAAAGAUACCUAGUUGGUGUGUGAAUUAGUCAGUUUUGAACCUGGAGUGAUCAAAGCUGGUAUUUCCGUUGAACUUCAAGUCUUUGAUGAAUAAUUUUUCUUGAAGUCCUUGACGCCUAAAUGCUCGAGACCUUCAUUUCAUAGUCUUAUUAUUGUUCCAUUUGUUCUUUAUCCGACGAUUGGUUGAUUGGAUGAAUCUUAUAGCUCUCGUGUUAUCUUGGUGAAAUUUUUUAUUGUAUGAGCUCUAUUUCCUUUUUUUGAAAAAAAAAAAUUUAUUGUCCGAAAUGUAAUGUCAAAAUUCAUAUAUUAAUACAAUUUUAUUAAGAGUGCUACGAUUUAUAAACAAAUAACAAUAGAAUUGAAAUUCUAAUAAUCAUUACAAAUGUAGCUCCCACUAUCCCCUACUUUUCUUAAAAGAAAAAAAUCAUAAAUAUUGAAAAAACAUUAUUAGAAUAAAAUUUAAAGCAGGGUCUUCUUAGAAUGCACUAUUUAUACGUGGUAAUAAACAGCCUGUUUAAUUAUACAAAUUCAUAAAUUAUGUAGAAGCAGAGACCCAUGCAUGCAUAACAGCAUAACCCCACUCCACACGUAACUACGUGGGAAGCUCCCUUCACCUGAAACGAAAAAAAGCCUUCCACAAAUUUCAUCCCAUCAUUUAAUGUCUUUUCUUUAUUUCUCUAUAUAUACAAUUCCACUCAGCACUUACUAAUUAGCACAUUUCAAUACACACACACUAUAGUACUAAACAACUUCGUAUUAACUACAUGGAAAACAAUCAUGCUAGUCAACGAGAACAGAGCUAUUCCGUUGACCAAGUAUCUUACAGAGGAGUUCGCCGGAGGAAAUGGGGCAAAUGGGUAUCGGAGAUCCGGGAGCCCGGUAAGAAAACCAGGAUUUGGCUCGGGAGCUACGAGACGGCCGAGAUGGCUGCAGCCGCUUACGAUUCCGCAGCUAUUUACCUCCGAGGACGUGGGACAUAUCUCAACUUUCCGGAGCACGCUGGCAGUUUUCCUCGGCCGGAAAGCUUUAGCUCCGAGCACGUUCAAGUGGCUGCUCGAGAGGCAGCACUAAUGUUUAAACCGGGUGUGUCGUUUGCGGAACACGCUAUUGGGUCUGGCCAGGGACCUUCGCGGGUAGGAUUGUCUCCAGAUCAGAUUCAGGCUAUCAUUGACUUUCCAAUGGACUCACCAAGAAUGGGGUGGAUGCAAGAUCUGGAGGUGAAUGAUUACGAGGAGUUGUACGGACGGUGUUGUGGACAGUGCGAUGGAGACGAAUUUUCUGAAAUACAGCCGCUUCAAUCUAUAUGGGAUUUUUAACUAAACUUAGGGGGUGUAUGUUGGAGCUAAAUUUAUAAUGAUGGUUAGAAUUCUAAAAUUUUAUAGUUUUUGGUUAAUGAAUUCUAACAUUCUUAUAUAAUUAAAUCAAAUAUUAUUGGUUUCAUGAUUUAAAAAGUUUGGAUUUUAAUGAUUUUACUAGAUUUUGACCCGCGCUUCCAAAGCGUGAGUUUUGUUUGGGUUAUAAAUAAAGAUGAAGAUGAAUUAGCUAGUAUUUUAGGUAUUUUUCGUCUUUCGUCUUUUCGGAUACUUUAAAUCUUUUUUUGCUCCUAAAUAUCCGAACUGAGCUAGACUAUUACAUACCCAAAUAACAUGUAUUUUAGGGUUAUUUGAAUUAUGGACUCGAACUGACUCGAUUCCAAAAGGAACCAAACUGAACCAUAACCGAAAAUAUUUCAAAUACCUAAUUGGAUCCAAAUAUCGAGGACUCGGAGAAUUCAGAUUAAAAAAACAAAUUACCCGACUUAAACCGAAAACCGGAUGAGUAUUCUAAGAUAUCCAGAAUGUAAAUAUAUAUUAGUUAUAUUUUAAAAUUAGGCCGGUUUAGGUACUACAAACAUGACAAACAUGUUUCAGAUAUAUUAGUUAUUUGGUUAUUUUCAGGUUCAUAUACAUUAGAACCGAACAUAUCCGUAUCUGGGAGGACCGACUCGAACCCUACCCAAAAACGCAAAACUCUGAUACCCUAAAGAACUGACUCGUACCCAAAUGGUACCCAAAUGCUCAUUCAUACACUUAGGCCUGGACGUUUGGGUCUUUGGGUUGGGUUUAGUCCAACUUUUUUUGGGUCUCGAUCCUUCGGAUCCUAGAAAUUUAGAUCCAAUAGGUAUUCAUAAAUUUUUUUUGGGUUUGGGUCGGUUCUUCUUGGAUUCGGUUAUGUUUUUCUCAGGUUUGGGUUGGUUCGGGUCUAUAAUUAAAAUAUCUGUACAAUACUCUGAAUUUUCGGAUCCAUAUUGAAUUCAUGUAUAUUCGGAUCUUAAAAGUACAUGAUAUACCCAAACCCUGUAAAAUGUAGUCGAAAUUCGUUAUAUAUAUUUAAAAGUUUAAAAAAUAACUUAAAAUAAACUAUUAAUAAUUAAAAUAAAAUGUUUUUAAACUCUAGAUUUUAUAUUUUAAGCUUCAUAUCACUUGAAAAUGUUACAAAAUAAUAACAAAGAUUGUUUGUAAAAAGAUAUUUUAACUAAAUCAUAAAAUAAAUAUAUAAAAUAGAACAAAAAAAUCAUAGUUUUGAAUAUUCAUGUUUUUAAGUCAGGUAUUAAUUGGUUUUUAUCGGGUCGAGUCUAUUCGUUUUUUUUGGUUCAGGUUCUUUCGGAUAGAAGAAUUUUUGAUCCAAUAAAUACUUUAAAUUUUUCGUUUGGUUUAGGAUCGAAUAUUUUCUAAUCGGUUCCGGUUCGUAUUUUUUGGUCCGGGUAAAAUGUCCAAGCCUGUUUGAUUUUGAUGAUACAAUAACUUCUUUAAAUUUUAUACUAAACCGUGGCAAAUCUUCACUAAAUAAUGAUAGAAAAUUUGUGGUAGUUUGAAGUUUAUAUGUGGAUACUUUGGUCUAUUUCAUUUAUAAUGAAUAUGAGACUAUAUUUCACAUAUAUUUUACGCUUCAGUAUAUUGAAAAAUAAUGAGAUCAUGCAAGUAUAUUAUUAGAGUUACGUUUUACCAAAGUUGUUAGAUAUUGGGUAAGAUCCAAUAAUCUUAGUUUAAAUAAAAUCCAAAUCAUAUUAAAGAUCUCAAUUAAAUUCAAAUAUUCAAUCAUCUGAAAAUUAUAAGAAAUUAUUUGAUCAAUUAGGUAAUAGUAUAUUUUAAGCUUUAUAUUAAAUUAUUGUAGUUAAUUGGUAUGUUACGAUUUGUUCCAUAUCAUACCAACAUGAGCUUUUUUACAGUUUAUCCAAAUCAUAUCUAUUGAUCUCAAUUUUUUUUAAAGAGUUUUUCUUUUUGCUAAUUUUGUUUAGAGUCGUUUAGAAAACAAAGUAAACAUAGUAAUUAUUGUAGUUUGUGUUAUACCAGAUAAACCCAUAUAGUAUGAUGAUAACAUGUUGAAAAUGUGGAAUUAGAAAUCUACUUAUAUAAUGAAUCAAAAUGUGAUAACAAUGUGAUUAUAUGUAUGCAUUUUCUGAACGUAAAUACAUUACUCAAGCUGUUAAAAUGACGGGUGACAUAAUAAUUUAGAGCUGAUACAAUUAUUGUUUUGUUUCGUGUUUUAGUAGACCAAACCAUUUUGUAUAAUACGUUGGCAAAUUGACUAAAGUAAUCUUAGGGAAGUAUUUGAUCAAUUAUAUGAUAACUCAAAAGAGGGAAGGAGUAAAAAUCGGCAAAUAUAUGGUAUAAUGUUAUUGACUAACUUAUUGUUACAAAGAUAUAAGGUAAAAUCAAAAAAAUAUUUAAGUUUAAGGAAAGGGUCCAAACAAAUUUCAUAGGUAGAUUUUUUAGGACUCCUUCUCUUUUAAUAGUAUUGAUAAUUUUUAGUGUUAUUAGAACUUGAAUUCUAAACAUUUUACCUCAUAGAACAGAACUUUCAAAAUAUUGUAUGAAAAAUUAUUUAGAACUUUCAAUUAAUUUAACAAACUUUUUGAUUUUUAAAAUAAAUGAGUUCUACAUAGAUUCAUCUUCCACUAAGAGCACCUCCAAAGAAACCAUAAGGGUUCCUAAAAAAAAAUUAGUUAUAUAAUUAUUUAUUUAUGUUUUUAUUAAUUAGUUUAUUAUGUAUUUGAAAGACAUGUGUCUUUUUAGUAUCCCAUAGAUUUUAAUAAAAUAUAACAAAAAAAAUUUCCUCAUUCCCUCUAUUAAUUUCAUUUCUUUUUUUUCUUUAAAUACUGAGAACUCCUCUUAAUACUACUUUGAAGGUGCUCUAACACACUAACUGUGAACUACUUAAAUAUUCGGGUUUCUCGUAUGAUGUGUUAUAUGUGCAGUUCCAAAUAUCCAGAGGCUUAAAACUUCAAAGAAAAUGAGGCAUUCGACAAAAACAAAAUGUGGCCCAAAAUUAAUUACAAAUGAAAAAAAUGGAUAUUAAGUUAAGGAUGGGCUCAAAAAGGGAAAUUAAACUAAGAAUUUGGACAAAGUAACCACUGAACCAACCUCAUUUAAAUGUAGCCUUCUAGUUUGAAUUAUAUUUUGUGAUUUGAUGCAAAUUAUUUAUUUGCUUUAUAGAAAGGAGAAUUUUCUGGAUAUUCAUAAGGAGCAUAAAGUGAAGAAUAUACACAUUCUAUAGUGACAUUUCCUUGAUGGGAUAUAUUACACUAAAGAAAUGACGGUUUUCUCCCUUAGAGUGUGUGUCCGUGAAGAAGAGGUACAAAGGUAAUAGAAAACUCAUGUGCUCAAUUUGGAUAUACUAAACAUAUGUUGUAGAAUAUACUUUCACUUAUGUAUCAUAACCGAUUUAACUUAAUUAAUUUGAGAUUGUAAGUUUUCACCCAGAGAUGCAGUCUAUACGACAACGCGGAGAUGGAAUAAUUUAUACGAAAACGUGAAGAUAUCAUUCGACUAACAAGUCCAGCACAUGGAACACAUUAUCGAGGGAAAUGGAAAGCCGUGGACAGGAGACAUGAGCACGAUUGUGAGUGGGAUGAGUGUGUUGUUCCACAGAUGGAAACUAAUAAAGGUUUAUUUAGGAGGAAUGAGAAAAGUAUCUGAACUGUAAGAUGAUGCUUUUUGAGGAAUAUGUACCAGCAAGCCAUGGAGCUUUGGAAACGGAUGCACUUGGCGUCGCAGAUGUCGAGGCGAUACAACAUCUUAUACUAACAUGGGGCAGCAAUGGUUGAUGGAACAUGGAAUAUCCAGAUCCAGCAAGGAAUCCUCAAGCACUACUGCACGGUUUAUGCAUGUGUAACAUGUGCACAUAAUAAGCAAGAACGCAUUUCCAUUAAACGAAACAUAUAUGAAGGAAUGGGAGUGUAUGAAAAAAACGUGAACAGUAGACUAUAUUAUAUUCAAUGUAGUAUGGUCACAUUAUCAAACACACAUAUGACUUCAAACUACAAUAUGUUUAUAUUCCCCUAUGUGUUGUUGCAUAAGUUCCAAGUUGUGUAGUGUAGUUGUUGUGAGAAAGGGAAGCAGGUCCAAUAUGGAAAUGGAUGGAAAAAGGUGCUUUAAGAGACCGGCAAUAAACAAUUGUUGCGAAGUGUUUUGUAAACUAUACCAUAUUACAAAAGUUAUAGUAUUGUAGUCGUUGUGACGUAUACAUGCAUCCAACAUUUUCUAGAGAAUAAUGUGCUUAGACGUUUGUGGAAACAUAAGAAAUAAUAAAAUGUAAAACCAUAAUAAUAUAGCGGCGCGUCAAAGUAAUAAGAUGGACCAUACAUAACUUUCAAAAUAGUACACAAAUUGAGCUGUCCACCGCAGUAAAGAGGGGAUAUUAGUCGCAAAGCUUAGUAAAAACAAUAACUCAUAAAUAACGCAUGAGUAGAAAAAGAAGAACAUAAGAGUUCCGUACAAUAGAUCAUUACGGGAAUUUGUGGGGGUUGAAGGUUGAGAAGGCUGCAACUGCAUAUGUAUUCGCUGCAAGUGACUCGCCUGUGAGUGAGGCACACUGAGUCAAGCUUCGUGUGGCAUUACAUUCUAGUAGCACAACAUUGCCACACAGAUAAACCUGCGAAAUGUAAAUUAUGUACGUCAACUACAUAAACCAAAUGUAUGCCCAAUAACAUAACACGCUGGUACCUAAUCUAUAAUAGACCAAUUACAUAAAACAAACCAUAGUCUAUACUAUUUCAAUUAGCCUUAUGGUACAUAUAUCAUUCUACUAAAUAAAUUGUGCAACAUAUAUGAAACUAUGAUAAAAUACUAGUAACAUAUAGUACUAAUAGUUCUCAUAUACUAUAGAUAAAGCAUGCACAAUAAACUUCAUAAUGCCGCAACCAACAAUUUCAACUAACACUUUUCAUUUACUAUAGACACAACAUGUACAAUAGAUAUAUAUAAUAAAUUAUACUAUUUCAUUGUCUCAUAUAGAAUACACAUACAUAAUUGAAUGGGGAUAAGAUUAUAGUAAGCAUAUCUACUAUAG